AUGAACAUCGUGAGAGCCAUCCAAGCGCAACUCAGACCAGCAUCCGGCCCGCGAGUCCAGAUCCUGUCCGAUCUCCACCUCGAAGUCUGCCAGCAGUAUGCGUCCUACCGCUUCCAACCCUCGGCACCGCUGCUGCUCCUUGGCGGCGACAUUGGCCGCCUCAUCGAUUACGAGGGCUACCUCCACUUCCUGGAAGCCCAGGUCGCCCGCUACCAAAAGGUCUUCCUGGUGCUCGGCAACCACGAGUUCUUCGGGCUCGGCUACGAUGCGGGCCUCGCCCAAGCCCGCCGUCUCGCCGCCGAGCCCAGCCUCGCCGCCGGCCUCGUCCUGCUCCACAAGACGCGCUGGGACGAUCCCGAAUCCGGCCUGACGAUCCUCGGCUGCACGCUCUGGUCCGCGCUGCCUGAAGACAGCUACGACCUCGCCAGGGCCAGAGUCAGCGACUACGCCCAGAUCCACGGGUGGACCCCCGCAAGGCACAACGAGGUCCACGCCGACGAGGUCGCCUGGCUCCGCGAGCAGGUCGCGCAGGUCACGUCUGGCGGCCGACAAGAAGGCAGAGCGCGGCAGCUCCUCGUGGCGACGCACCAUGCCCCGUGCGUCAAGGGCACGUCGCGGCCGGAGCAUGCGGCGAGCCCCUUGUCGUCCGCUUUCGCAACCGAUCUCGUUCAUGAGAAGGCCUGGGCCGGGAUCAAGGUCUGGGUCUUUGGCCACACGCACUUCUCGACGAGCUUUACGCAGAACGGCAUCAGGCUGGUGGCUAACCAGAGGGGCUAUGUUCUCCCCAACGGCAAGACGUUGGAAAACGAGAGCAAAGCCAAAGGCCGUCAAGCGUUCGACGCCGCAAAGUUUGUUACUCUGUGA